AUGGCAGACCCCCUACAACGGAUGCGCCAGCUGUGUGAGGCCAUUGCAAACACCCGGUUCCAGGGCCCCGGCGCGUUCACAAACGCGUUUUUGUCCAACACCAAAAUCACCGCCUUGUUGCGCGACUCUGUGCCCGGCGAAAAGGGCUUGUACAAGGUCACAAAAGGCGCGGGCGUGGCCAGCUCCAUGAUCCGUAGGCGCCGCAAAAAGGGCAGGCGCCAGGACGACGAGAACACAGGGCCCGCGUUUGUCGAGCUCAAGCACGUGCGGGUCGACGGCAGGUCCGUUUUUUUGGACCACGCUUUCUCGUUGAGCGGCAGAAAGGCCGUGCACGUGCCCCGCCUCACACCCGCCAAUGCACACACCCCUGACCCCUGGUCCUCGUCCGAGACCCACUCCUCGCCCACACGCCGGCGGCGGACGCCACAGCACAGAACGGCGCCGCAAGACUCGGGCCAAAACCACGACGUGCCUGCCCUCUGCGAGGCCAUCGAGAAAAUGGCCAGCCAGCUCCCGGGCGCGUCGGGCGCGCUGGCCCUCCGCAACAAGGCCCUCAAGGGGCGCGAGGACUACUACAAGUUGACCCAUGAAAUUGCCAACUUGACGCACACGGUGGCACAGCACAAACAGCACCUCGAGCGCCACCACGACAGCCGCCCCGAAUUGCUGCCGGUUCGAGGGGGGCUUUCGCCGUCAAAGACACUCAGUGUGGACGAGAUGAUCCGAAGGGAGGAGGAGAGAAUCUUGCAGCUCGAGAGGGAGCUCGAGGCCACUGCGGCAGACCCAGGGCAUCCAGGAGACCACGUGCGGGCCCAAAUGUAA